UAUUUUCCGUGGAUAUUUAGCGUUUGCUUCGGUGAAAAUGCCGCCAAAAAAAGAGAAAAGGUCGUGUCCGUUUUCGUCAUCGAAACCGAGAGCGAAAAAGAAAUCGAAGAGCAAGUUUGACAAAGAAUGAGCCGUAAAAUUGGCAGAGAACGACAAAGGCUCAUUUUAUCAGCAAGAGAAGUGGCUCGAGGAGUUGGAUAUUCAGAAAAGCAAAAAUGCUGCAGUUGCUGAGAGUGCAAGCCGCUCCAAAAUCCAGCUUGAAGAGCCAGAUGAAGAAAGCCAGUUAAGCUCAUCGACCCCAUCUACUGAUGGAACGUUAGCCUGCGUGGCAGGCACAAAAAGGGGAGGGGGAGGGGGGAGGGAGAAAGGGAAAAGGGAAGGGAGCGCCUGCUCUAAGAGCCUAUGUUUUUGCAUAACGCCUACCAAUUUUCUAGUAAUCCGAUUACGCUUACUGUCAAUCAAGUGUCGCUACACUCGCCAUAGGAGAAAAACAUUACACUCACGGACUAAAGAAAUUCGCUUAGUUAUUCAGAUCCAGAAGGCACUUUGGAGAAAACUGGAAUCCUUAUUCAGCCGUAAUAAAAAAAGUUUUACGCUUCAAAAGAGGUCAAAGAAAUUGCGCUUGCAUCAGAGGGCAAAUCCUGCCGACCAGAAAACAAUAACUACAGUCAAUCUUUAUGUAUGUCAUGACCUCUCAGUGUGAAACAUGCGACUAAAAUAACAUUUGCUCAGUAUAAAUGCAGAACCUUCCAGAGCAUAAUCUACCCAGCAGAUAAAAACAACUUUAUUGGAAUAGGCAGCAUUUUGGCAUGAGGUAAAACCACCCUCUUUUAUUGCUAAGUUACAUCGGCGAAUGUCAUCGUUCGAUAAAUUGGCUAAAUCUUUCGCUGGGUAGCCGAAAAAUUCCAUCUCCUGCAAUUGGUCUUCGAUAAUAGUUUUCAGUGGCGAAAUGACGAGAAUCGCCGCAUUACCAUUUAGCUCGUAGUUCUUCGCGCGUACAAACAUUUGGUAAAUUAAACUCUUGCCGUAUCCGGUCCGCAAAACCGCCAGAACAUCUCUGUCGGCUAAAAGAGCCCUUACUGCUGAUUCUUGCUCUGGUUUUAAAACAGUUUCUCUACCACUAGAUAAAUUCACAUCUCUCAAAGCACUCUCUAUGACAUCCACGUCUACCGCUGCCAUCUCGACUGUUUGUUGAUUUGUGAAACGCGCAUUUCAAUAUGUUGCUCAUUACGGCUCAGCCAAUCAGGAAUUUGCGGACGCCAGCGUCCGCAGAUAUGAACAAAAGGGGGUUCUUAGAGCAGGCGUCCCCUCCCCCUCUCCCCAAUCCCCCUCCCUUUUUUCCCUUCCUUCCUAUGCCCUACCCCCUACCCUUUUCGACGCCUGCUACGCAGGCUAAUGGAACGUGGAAAACAAUAAGCGGUCGAGCUAUCGUAUCGACCGAAAAGCUGCUUGAGAAACUGGUCGAGUCUGUAUCUUGUCGAUUUUGCCAGGGAAGAGUCCAAGUCAUGGAAAAUGUAGCGACUAAGCAUGGACUUGGUUCUACCUGGAGAAUCCAGUGCGAGAAUGAAAGCUGUCCGUCGCACAAGACAAAUUCUGUUCUUAAUUCUUCCGAGAAGAGCAGAGCGUUUGAAAUGAACCGGGCCUCAGUUCUUGGCCUUCGAGCUAUCGGUGGUGGACAUUCAGCGGCUUCAAAGUUUUUUAGUUUCCUUGGCCUGGCGCCGAUCAACAAAAACGCCUGGGCGGAUCAUACAAAAAAGAUCAAAGGAGAGGCAAAACUUUUGCUCGAGAAAGAAUUAAACCGUGCUUCU